CUCCUUACACAGCAUCACUACAGCAGCACAGGGUUCAACUCACAGGAUCUUCUCUCCGCUGCUGUUUGAAAAACAGAAGUAUUUGUUUUUGUUUUUUUGUAGUAAAAUUAAAGUAAGAGCUCCGAGUGGAUCACCGGGAGAAGAACUCAAACACACCGGAGAGAUUAACUGGAUUUGUAGCCUACUUGGAGCGAGGAUGUGUGGUAUGGACGACAUGGACUUGGAUGAAGGCGGUUCAGGCGAGGAGGAGAAAGAGGAGGAGUUCUGGAUCGGGGAGGGAGUGAAGAUGCUGCCCCCUCCCGUGGCCCACAGCGGAGGCAGUGCAUGGGGCAGCCGCAGGGGCAGAUGUGGUUGUGUGGCCUGCGGGGCAGCUCUCAUCCUCUGGGACCUGUGUGUCAUUUUAGCCAGCAUUGUGCUCCUGGCUCUGGUCUUCUCUGUGGUGCUGCUUCCUGCAAUGCUGCUGCUGUACGUUGGUUUUCUCUGCCACUCCAGGGUCCUCGAUGCCCCCUCUGCCAUCUGCCGUUACCUUGAUGACAACAGCUGCUCCGCCCUUAUCAUCCUGGGUUUCGUGAUGAUGUCACCGCUCGUGGUAGUGGCAGCCGCCGUCUUCUGCGGUCUGCUCCGACGGUUUCGACUCCUGCUUCUAAUUCAGCCGAUCACACGUGCCUGGUACCGAGGGCGGCUGUUGGACUGGGUGGGCAGUGUACACAACUGGGUCUGAUUGAGACGAAGCAGGAGGCGCUGAUGGUCGGAUAUACUAACAGUCGGAGGGAUCAGAAAGUUAAUUAGUGUAAAAUCAACCAGAGAGAUACAGGGGGUAGACAAAAUAACAGUAAAAGUUUGUUAGUUAGAUCUCUUUUAUAUUGGUGGCUUAUGGAAAAAAAAGGCUUUUGGGACGCGGGGGGAUUUCUUAGUUGCAAUUCCAAGAAUUGACCACCGGGACAAAAUGGUCGCAAGGCUAAGUGGCAGCGCUGUAGGCAGCUUUCUAAGGUUGCUUUCACACUUGAGCAGUUUGGCCCGUUUUAACUGAACUCGUUUGGUUUGUUUGGGGAGGUGUGAAAGCUCAUUUGAACUUUGGUACGGACCAAACUGGAACUCUGGGCCGCUUGAAAACGAGGGUCUCGGUUCGCUAACAAGUGCUCUAGAGAUUGGUUCACUUUAGGUGAGAACCAUACAGGAAGUGAACCAAAAACAGAGCAUUUACUAGCCUGCAACUUCAACUUUGCUCACAAUUUACAGACAUAUAAGGGAUGGUAAUUUUCAAAUCCAUAACAUAUUAUGACAACACAUCGCUGGUCAUCUGUGUGACAACACUUUAUCAUCUCUCUCUCAUCAGGGCCGCCCUCUCCUU